UAGCUAAGAGACUAAACAGGAUAUUAAACAUAUGGCUUUGUCGAAAGUUCAAGCAGCCGUCAGUAACGGUCGGAGAUCGCCGUCACCAGAAGUUAGUAUUGAUCUAUCUACGGACUCUUACAGGAAUAAAUGUCAACAUCUGAGUGAAACAGUAAAGGAGCUUCACAAACAGUUGAAAAGUGCUCAAAUUAAAUUACAAGGCUACCAAACAAUUUCAGAUCUGCACAGAGAAGCAAGGCAAGAAAUAGAGGAGCUAACAUCGCAGUUGCAGUUACAGGAGAGAUUACUGGACGUUUAUAAAAGCCGGUUGUUAAGUCUUGGAGCAUCUAUUUCUACAACGGUUGGGAAUGAUGAAAAAUAUGUUCCUGGACCUUCAAAACAACUGAUUGACAAUUUAGUAAAGGAAAACACAAAACUAAAGCAGCAUCUCAAAUUUGCCAACUGUGAUCCACAACAAUUAGAAGAAGCUCUACUGGCCAAACGUGAACUAUUGAAGAGAAACCAAGAACUGGAAAAGUUAAAUUUAGAGCUCUCCAACCAAAUCAAAGUCCUUGAAAAAUCUUUAGAGGCAUCUCCCCAGGAAAAGGAUAUAUUGAUCCGCAGGCUGACGUCUGAGAUUCAGGAGAUCCAGCAUAGUAGUUUGACGCAGGAUGUUUUAUGUCAGUCCCUGUCAGAAGAAACCAAUAACCUAAAAAAGAGGCUGAAGGAAACUGCAGAGGAGUGUCAGCGCUUGGCACAGCAGCUGGGAGAAAGAGAAAGAUCUGUGGAAAAUUGUAGAAAGCCUUCUGCAGGUGGAAGUGGGCAGAUUGAUGCUGACGUAGACAGUCUGAAGAGAAGAAUAGCACAGCUUGAGACACAACUGAAGGAGGUGGCUUCUAUGAACCAGCGGUGGCAGAAUUAUAACGAACAGAGAGAACAGUACGUAAGAAAGGUUCAACAAGACUGUUCUGAACUUGAGACCAGAUUAAAGCACCAGCACAUAGACCCAACAGCUGCCAUGUCAGAAAACCAACAAAAAGCUGUUGAUGCCAUGCUGUUGAAGUACAAGCAGAAGCUACAGAAUGCUGAAGAUGAGAAGCAGAAGGUGGAGGAAGAGCUGAUGGCAGAAAGGAGAGAAAAAGUAGCUCUUAGGGAGACUGUGCAAGCUCUGACAGCCAGGGUUGAUGAAUUAGAGCACCAGGCCCAAUACAGCAGGGCCUCACAGAGUGGGGACGAUGUCGACAUUCUGAAAACACAGAUCCAGAUCUUCAAAGAUGACUUUGAACAAGAAAGGCGUGACAGAGAGACGGCUCAGGGGAAAGUCCACGAACUGGAGGAUGAAUUACGUAUUGUGAAACAACAGUUGGAAAUGUUUCAAAGAGAUGCUAUGACAUCCAUGCAAAGAAGACGACAGGAAGCCUUACAGGAGUAUGAAAGACAAUACUAUAACCAACAUAACCAAGGUUUAGUUGCACGGGGUGGGAACUACCCUAGAGCUGGUAACCUAUAUAUGGACAGUAAUGUGGUUGCUGACGGUGACGAUGAAGAUGAUACACAGGAACCAGAGGGUGGCUUUGAUGAAAUAGAUGGUUUUGACAUGGUGGACGGUCCCAUUCCCCAAGGAAAACAAAGCUCAGACUUUCUAGAGUGUCCAAAAUGCCAAAAAGCUUACAGAACUGAACAACACACUGAACUGUUGGAACAUAUUGAUGUCUGCUGUGAUUGAGCUAAGGUGAUGCUGGGUCUCCCUCAGUUAAAGUGGGAAGUACCAACAAGAGCUUAGAUAAUGUAUCAAAAUCUGAUAUAUUAUCUUUUUUUUUUUUCACAUUUUCUCCAAGAGGUCUUUCCAAGAUGAAUAACGGAAAGAGAAGAUAAUGUGAAAAUUCCAAGUGUUUGGAAAAAAAAGGACUUUCCACUGCUGCUACCCAAAUGCAGCUGCUGUUUGUGCCGUCCAAGUUAUGUUGCAUGAGGUUUGCUUAACUGGAAGCUUAAGCAAUUAAUUUUACCAUGCUAAAUGGUGCAGAAUAUAAAGCGUCAUCCUUCCAUAACUUCUGUAUGGCACUUCCCUGACAGAUGAUUUACAAAAUAACCUGGGCACUCACAACAGAAAAUUAGAAAUAAGAAAGAUAUCUUAUAGAGAAAAUUACUAAAAAAAAAAGAGAAAAACAACAUCAAUUGAAAAAAAUGUAAAGGAAACUAAGAAAAGGACUUGAUGAUCAUUCAAGCGGCAGGGAUAUCGUAGAAAAAAAACUUAAAUUUUAAGAGAGAAGGUAGGAAACUUGUAAAGUAUCAUAUAGAAAAGAAGUGUCAAUACUAGUCAUUAAAAGAAAAACUUAAUUGAUCAUUGAACUUGCAUACAUACAAAUUUUGUUGUAAUCAUGAUGUUUCUUACAAGUUUCUUGUAAUUAUUUUCGUUAAGCAAAAAAUUAAACAUAUUUCAAGUGUAAAUUAUGUACAAAUAUGUGUUAAAUAUAAAGCUGCAUCAUCCCUUCAUGAUUUCUAUAUGGCACUUUCCAGACACAUUUACAAAAUUAUCUCGACUUCCGAAACAGAAAAUUAAAAAUAAAAAAAGACCUAUAAAACAGGAAAGUACAACUGGGUGAUUAUCUAAGAGGAAGGGAAAUACUGAAAAAACUUUUCUGCAUUUCAGGAGAUUAGGUAAGAGAGAUGGAAAAGAUGUGCCAAUCCUUUUUUUUUUUGGGGGGGGGGAGCAGCAUUCUUGCUAAUGAUUGAAUAAACGUAGGUGUGUUUCUUGUAAUUAUUUUAGUUGAUUGUAAUUAUGGUUUUUGAAAUUCUGCACGUUUCAAGUGUAAGUAAUGUACAAACAUAGAUAUGAAGCUACAUACAUAUAGUAAGGGUUACAUAUGUGUUCACUUCUGUAAUUUGAAAAGUGGUACAAAUGUAUAGCACUUCCCUUAACGUUUUUUUUAUCUGUUGUGUUAAAAUGCAUUAAUGCUUAUCCUACAUUGAAUUCAGGUUAACCUCACAAAACUAUAUACGACGCAAUGCGUUUUCAAAAAAUAGUUGUUCAAACAUUAAACAUGUUGACAGUUGUA